ACUUAUUGCAGUGCCCGGCUGACGGCUGUCAAACAAGGACUGUUCAGAUUUCUGCCUAUUUGGACUCUGACAUUGGUUCACGAGCAACGACAAAAAUUGUCACCUUCAGGCCACGGAGCUAUAUUCUUGUGCUACUAACAAGAUGUGGGUUUUUGGUUACGGUUCUCUGAUUUGGAAGGUAGAUUUUCCUUACGAUGAAAAAACCAUUGGUUAUGUUACCGGUUACAGUCGGAGAUUCUGGCAAGGAAGUACGGAUCAUCGUGGUGUACCAGGAAAGCCUGGACGGGUUGUUACACUUGUUGAAGAUUUUCAAGGCUGUGUCUGGGGUGUUGCUUAUAAACUUCCAGCUGGACGAGAGAAAGAAGUGAAGGAGCAACUUGAUUUUCGAGAAAAAGGAGGAUACAGGACUGCAACCACCACAUUUUACCCUAAGGAUCCUUCACUUGAACCUUUCGAUACACUUCUAUACAUAGGAACCCAUGAAAACCCAAAUUACCUUGGCCCUGCACCUUUGGAAGUUAUCGCUGAACAGAUUUACAAUUCUGUUGGACCAAGUGGGCGAAACACAGAAUACUUGUUUGAAUUGGCGAAUUCAAUUAGAAAUCUUUCACCACAGGAAAUGGAUGAACACAUUUUUUGUUUAGAGAAAAUGGUCAGGGACCUUUUAGAUAAAAACGGAAUAUAAAAAUUAAUGGACAUAAUUAUGUACACAUACAGUUUUUUUUUUUCAUUUCAUCUAUGAGUACCACUUUCUCUGAAUAUUUCCACAUAAAAGCAUACUGCAGAAAGAUCAUUCUUAAAAUGUGCAUAAAUAUUUACUAAAGCUGCACACUACUGGCAUCAGUGUGCUUGGUCAAGUCUGUUAACAUUAAUCCUGAUGUCUACACAAAAUAAGAAAACUGGGAUUUGUAAAUUGUAGAAAAGUUGUCAAUAUUGGGAUCAUGACAAUAUUUUAGUUCUCUCCAUUUCAUUCAACAUUAAAGACCAAUGUCUUCUCUAGAUUAUCUUUUAGCUUGUGCAUGAUUUGGUACUUAAAUUUAAAGUCUUAGUUCAAAAACAUGAAAAUGAAGGUUUACAUAGCAUAUGAUUGGUUACCACUGCUUUCACAUAUCCUCAGGGGGCCUGGCCCCAUUUACUGUAAGUAUGGAUUUUGUAUAUUCCUUGUCUGGCUAAUGAGUAAUGCACUCAUAUUCCAAAGACAUAUAUCUUAGGUUAAUGUAGCACCUCUAAAUUGACACUGAAUUAGUCUGUAGACAUCUGUACCUCAGAAUGUCUACCUCUGUACUGGUUUUGGUCCUUACUUAGGCCUAGGUUCUUAACUAAAAAGUGAUACGCAAUGCUGUGCCUUUCAGACCAAAUACAUUCAAUGUUACUAGUGUCAGUUCUAUUAUGUAAUUGGGUUCAAUCACUAUUUAUUUACAUUAAUUAUUUGUGAAUGUCAAGAUGCUGCAGUGCUAUUGCUCCUGCUUUGUGGAUCCAGCAACCUAGGUUUGAUUCCAAACUCGGUAGCUGUCCGUAGAAUCUGAUCAUUCCCUCCUUUUCUCCACUGGUUUUCCCCCCACAUCCCAAAGAUCUGCAUGUUAGACUGAUAUGCAUUUGUAAAUUAUUCAUGUGUGUGAGAUGGACCUGCAAUAGACUGGCACCCCAUUUAAAGCUGCUGAUCCAGCAUAGGCUCCAACCCCUUGUAAAUCUGAAUUGUGAGCAAGUAAGAGAAUGUUUUGUUAUAAACCUUGUGUCUAUAAUCUCUCUAUUAUAAAAAACAAAAUCUUGGAAUCUCUCCAUUAUAAAAAAAAUCUUGGAAGGGAGACU